UGGACCUGGGCCGGCGGGCGCGGGCACCCUUCCUCACCCCGCGCGGACUUCGGAACUGGCCCAAGACGCGCAGGAGCCGCCGGCUGAGCGCGUUUCCACGGGACGCGGAGCACCGGCGGAGCCCCGAGGAUGCGAGCCCUGCCAGCCCUGGACGCGCCCCAGAACGAGCGACUGCUGACCCGGGACCCCGCGGCCCUCAAGGUCCGGGACGCGGCGGGGCCAGCACGCAGGAGCGCCGUGGAGAGGCUGGCGGCCGACCGCGCCAAGUACGUGCGGGGCCCUCCGAGAGCCGGCGCGGGGCCCGCAGCCGCGGGCAGCAACCCCGGGGCGAGCGAAGGGACCGCGGACGAUCCUCGGCCUCCGCCUCGCGUCGCCGGUGCCGUGGCGCGCAGGGCCAUAGCUCGGAAGCCGCUGAGGCCCGACUCGCUCAUCAUCUACCGGCAGAAAUGCGACUUCGUCCGAGGCCAGGGCGCGGACAGCUCCAGGGCGGGCCUGGUGAAGAAGCUCUUCCAAGGCCCAGGCAAGGACAAGACGUCGCUGCCCCCGGAGACGCCCCAAGUGGGAGAGGAGAUCGGGGCCAGGCGAGAGGAGCCUGCCCCGUCCAAGCCCGGCUCUGCGGCGGCCUCCUCGGCCCCCGGCGUUCCCGCGCCCCCGGCGCGCCCAGCACCCUGUGGGACGCCCACCCCAGUGCCGGCUGCGCCCCGGGGCCCGGAGCUGCGAGGGUCGAGGCGCGGGGGGCUGCAGCGGUCGCAGUCAGACCUCAGUUCCCGCUACUCUGCGUCCUUGGCCGAAUGGGACACCUUCUUCCAGUUCUGCGGCCUGGAACCGGAGGUCGUGGAAGCUCUCGGGAGGGAGAACUUCUCCGCGGGGUCGGACCGCGUCACACUCAAGGUCCGCAGCGUGAGCGUCGCCACCUCCGACAGCGGCUUCUCCCGGCAGAGCGGCAGCGACGCGGGGCUGCAGGAGGAAGGGCUGGCGGAGCAGGUGCCCAGCACCACCUCGGUGGUCGAGAGGAACGCCCGCAUCAUCAAGUGGCUGUACACCUGCAGGAAAGCCAGGGAGAAGCCGGGCCAGGCGCGGCAGGGCCCGGCGUGAUCGCUCGCGCUCUGCGGAGACCUGGACCCCAGAUACAAGACGGAGCACCCGUAGACACGCCCUAUUAGCUGGUGGGGUAGAGCGUGUCUCAUUGCUUGCAAAGAGGCCGUGGGGGAUAGGACAAGCUGUGAUGCUCCUGACUUUCUGCUCCUUUCACUGGGACUAGCUGAGAGGCUCUCCAGUCGCCAUGUGGGAGUGCGCUUAGGGGAACCAGCGGCUGGAGCGGCUAGAAGGCCGCUCUGCUCUGUCUUCAGGCGGGCCCCUGGGCCUUUCAGAGAGAUUUGUGUGUGGAAAAGGUGGAACCCGUUAGCCUUCUCAUAUGUAUUUGGACUGCCUGCCUCGUUUUCCCGUGUUGUCCCGCUCUGCUCUCAUGAGCCGUGGCCUGGCCUACGAGAAAGAUCACUUUUCUCACGGUCCCGUGAGUUGGAGGCAAACGGAAACUUCAAAAGUCCAGAAAAAGGCCUCAGGGAGAUGGAUGUUUCUUCUGCUGCAGAAACCAGAUAGCUGUCUUUGCUAAGGCUACUGACUUCUUUUCAGAAUUUAAAAUGCAGUAGGUACCACAGAAGCAGACUGUGGGGACCAGACUUUGUGGUACAACCUUGGCCUAGACUGACGCGUUGGUUCACUGCUUUUUCCUUACUCCGCAGGAAGCGAGGCUUCCAGACUGUGGGGGCUCCGUGAAGCAUGUCCUGGAUGACUGGGGACCCGGGGCCAUCCUCAGUGCCACAGGACUUGUCCCGUGCACCCAGGGGACCACACGAUUGCUGCUUUCCUGGGAAUGAAGCACCCACUGAAGAGACGUACAGAGUUCAGAAGGUUUGAGAUGCGGUGGAGAAAGAGGACCUUGGAACCUGGGAAUCAGCUGAGUUGUAGCUGUUAAGACAGCUGGAGCUCGGGGAGGUUGUUUCUUGUUUGAGGCGGAUCUGGUCUUGCUCCCAGAGGGCAGCAGAGGAGGGAAGGCUUCUUGGAAAUUUUUCAGGGCUCUCUGUUUGACUGGCUUGGUGACAAAGAGGUACCGCAAUGCAUUGUAAUGAUAUUUAAAUUGAUUCAAAAAAGAAAAAGAAGUCCAAGAGUAGGAAAGCCAAGCACGGAUACCAUAGCAUUUACUGCUUUUCAUCAGUCUGGGCUGUUGGGCUCCAAUUAAACCAAAGUUCUGUAGCCGUGAGAAGGUGUAUUGUACUUCAGCAGUGUGGGUAGAGCGGAGAGCAAACACAGUCACAUGCUCUCAUGGACACCUCCGUUCUGAGCAUCACUGCCACCAAAACUGCAGAACGUACUCUUAAAGUAAUUUUAGUACUGCCACUCCCAUUGGGUUGUGGACGUGUGGAUGUGCCGUUGGAAGGGAAGUUGGAGUUGAUAUUGCUAAAAAUGCCUUUUGGGGAGCUGGCAGGAGACCUAGGAGCUCCCUUCCCUGGCAGCAUGGCCUCCACAGGGCUCUGGUUCCCCAACUGCCCGAAGCAGGGAGAGCCCAGGGUCCUCACAGCACACCCUGCCCAUCUGUCUAACCCCCACCUCUGCAGAUCACACAGUCAUCUCCGGUUUGGCACCCGCUCACCCUUUUCUGCCCAGGAUGCGUCUGAGAUGAGGGGCAGCCUCAGGGCACCUGGCUUCUCCAGGAUCAGAACCCUGUGGGCAGGGAGUUACUGACCCUCGCCCACUCCUCACACCCAGACCACGUAGAUUUCAGAUUCAGAGCCUGUGGAGAGAAACUUUGUAUCCAUGAUGACAACCGGGAAGACUUUGUAACCCAGCUGACUCUUCCGAAGCCUGCUGUGUUUUAAUGAAGUACAUGUCCUCAGGAGCAACAUUAUUACGGAGAAGAGUGUGGAGGGGAGAAAGAUGGUUUCUCAGUGGUAGAACAUUUUAUAAACCAAUGUAUUUCGAUAUGUUCAUGUACAUGUUUAAUAUUGUGUUCUAUUUUUGUAACUUCUACUGUGAGGGGGUCUUUAUUUUAUUUUUUUUGCAGUUACUGGUCAUUAGUUUGCUUUAACAUCAUAUGGUUUUAGUUUUUAUCAGUUUUCCAUCAUUUUCUCCGCGCUUGUGUUUGUGUGUGUCGUUUCACUGGACGUCCCACUCCUGUCUGUAAGCAUUGUGCUCCCUGCUUUCUGUACCACAGUGAUUUGUUUUCAAAUAAGUCACACGUAGGGAUUUUUGGAGCUUCUGUUGGCCCACGGAUGUACCUUUCUCAUUGUAGACUAUUUAAAGACAACAGAUCCAUGCUUUAAGAAUUUCCCCCAGUUGUUCCUCUCAAAAGGCUGCUAUUUUAGGGUUCAAUCGAUUGCAGUUAGUUUAAAAACAUAAUGUCAAAGAUGAGAGUUUUUUUUUAAAGGGUCUCUACAUACACCCAUUCCCUUACUUAAGGUGUUGCAUUAAUUGUACAUGUCAAUGCUUCGGGCAAACCUGUUUUGUGCCUUUCUACUGUCAAAGUAGGGUGAACUAGAACUUCCAUCCUAUUUGCCUUAGAUCGGAAUGGUGCAGACUCAUAAUUCAUGUAACAGAUAAACGUAUAUAUAGACAAGCUGGUUGUGUUUAAAAACACCAAAAGCUUCUGGAAGCAUCUUUGUGUCCGUGGAGGUACGGGGAGGAAUUCAGCCACAGGGAGUUCAGAAGCAGAUCUCAGAGGUGGCUGUGAAGAGGAGGAACAGGGUGUCCCCGGGCUCCAACAGGACCAGGGAUGCUCCCCUUCCUUCACUAAGAUUUGUGCCUCAGGGUCAGGUCCCAGGUGAGUGGGUGCAGGUGAGAAGUCCCUUCUUAAUCCAGGAUGACCCCAGUUUGCUGAGUGACUUUGAGAACAUCCAACUUUGAAGCUUGGUCUGAAAACAAAUCUUGUAAUUGUUUUUCCCAAGAAUAGCAAUGGUUACUGCUAUGAAGUAGUUUCAUUUGUUCAUGAAAGAAUAGCAUGUAAAGUAAUAUGAUUAAACACAAUGAAAAGAAAGAGUUAUUGAUAAAGCGAGGAAAACAGCUCGAUAGUGUCUAUUUCUCUAAUAUAUGGCUACAGAUAAGCCGUGCCUCUGAGAGGUAUUUGUGUUACUGUAAAGUUUCCUCGUAGUGUGUAUACCUAUUAAACCACUGGUCACUGGCCCUGAAGGAAGAAGGCUUUAUUAAACGUUGCCCUUUGCAGUAGGUUCAGAGUUCAGUGCCGUGGUCACGGUUGGUGACGCCACAGAACAUCGCGCCCAGGCGAUUGCUGCGGUCGCCUCAUAAGCACUACCUUGCUACAGUGCAAUGGUAUGCGUUCUGUAUUAAAGAAGUGAAGUAUUUUUUUCGUUUAUUCCUGGUUAUGGACCCAUGACAGAGACACUGAAGCUAGAGUGUGCAUAUUGUAGCCACUCACGUCUCCUGUGGUCUCCCUUUCUCCCCGAUGUCAGAUUAUCAGCUGAAAUGAGGACGCACCGUAGGCCGGUCGGGUGUAGGCAAGUCAGAGGGCGUGGAAGUCUCCGGCUCUCCCCGCAGAGCGAACGCAGUCAAAACAGUCUGGGAUAUUUAGCACACUGUCUUUCUUUGUUUCAUCAGUCUUUUGCUUCAUAACACUUUUUACCCAUCUUUAUUAAUAUCAUAUUGGAAAGUGGCACAAAGACAAAUAAGAAAGCACAGUUUAUAAGCUUUCAUGUUAGUUAAUUCAUCAGAGUUCGAAGAGUUUGAAGGCAAACUCUGUGAACACCAAGUUUGCUCUCAGCAUCUGCUCAGACUGGAGACGCAGGAGCGGGGCAGGAAGGGCGGCUGGAUCCCUAAACCCAGCCGUGCUGAGGUCAACUGGCUUCCUUUUCAGUCCCUCCGUGGCUUCUGCCCAAACCUAGGCCAGCCUCUAAAGACAGGCAUUCUUUGGAGAAGAAAUGAACCGCUCUGCAUUUCCAUGAAGACAAUGGACAACCCCCCGCCCCAGGCACCCUAGGAGUGGUCUUGGGUAGCUCUAGAAACUGUCCCAUCUCACAGCAGCUGCCAGGUCCUUCCUUCAGGUAAACCUGAGUUCUUACCUUUCAGUUACCCUUUGUGAAAAUUCAGCAAAACAGAGGCAACACUUAAAGUGAGGUGUUUAAACUUCGCUUGCAUUUUGAGUAAUGAGAUAGAUUUAUGUAUUUGAACGUUCCAUGUCGGAAACACUGAACAAGAAGGAAAUUGAGUUCUCAAGCAAGCUUAUCCUUCGGGCCACAGAAGUAUCAGGGAACAGUGCAGAGAGAAAAUGCAGACACACCAGAAUAUGUGUUCCUACCCAGUGAUACUUUCUUCAUUACGUCUGCUACAAUACCCAAAUUCUUCCAUUGUUGUCAACAUGUUAUCUCCUCGAAAACUAUCAUAAAAUUAGAAUUCUAUCUGAAAGGGAGAAUGUAUUAAACCAUUGAUACCUAUUCAUCUUUAGGUCAAAAUGGAAUAUUAAUUUCCUUAGAAAAAGUAAUUAGUAAUUAAUGAGUUAAUUGCUAAUUGGUUUCCUGAACCAUACGAACCGAAAUGGAAAGACCUGGAUUUUGGUCUCAGUGUAACCUGAGGUAUGGUCAGUUUUUAGCUUAAGUAGGACUCUUAGGUACAAGUGCCAGAACAGGACGUCGCACGGCAAGCUGACCCGUGUUCUGCUGUCCACCUGCUGGUGGUAUGGGAACAUCUGUGCUCCUGAGCUGUGCUGACGGCCAUCGAGGACAGCCCUCUCCGACAACAAACACAAUUCACCCACCCACAUUUCCUGAGGAGCCGAAUGCUGCAUGAGGCACCAGGGAGUCCCCAAGCUCCUGCCACGAUGGGCUGACAUUCUUGGAGGGGUCAGAUGUCCCAUAAGGACGGAGAGAUGGAUAGAUAGGUAGAUGCACAGACGAAGUACAUGACAGACAGACAGAUGACAAAGACACACUGAAGGAAGGGAAGGAGCGACAGAGGGAGGGAGAAAAGGAGAGAAAGGAAAUAGACGGACUGAGUGGCACUCUGACCCUAAUUUAUAAAUUUCGGUGUGACCAUUCUGGUUAUGGUUUCUGUGUGGUGGCCCGACUGUCUGGACCACAAAUGGAACUCAAACGUCCAAAUCAUAUUAAAAGAAGCAAGCAAGAGAGAAGGGAAGCCUGCCGAUUGUAAAUGACACUUUCCCCCGAGAGGUUCAUUUUAAUCCCCGAAGACCCUUCACCCGGAUGGCCACUAGCAGGUCUUGCUCACCGGGUGUCACGGCGGUGGAAGUCUAAACCGACGACCAGUGGUAACUGAUGAGCUGACAAACACUGCACGUGGGACUUGGGUUGGUCUGUGUCCGGUCGGAAGCUUGUCGGUGAGGGUCUGCGAGCCUUCCCUUGGCUUUGAGAGGAAGUCUGCUUCACGGAGGGACAGAAUUAAAAAAAAAAAAAAAAAAAAAAGCCACACAGCAAAUAAGCAGGACCUGCAAGCCAGAGCAGGUGGGUCCCAGAGAAGUGGCCGUGUUUCCUCUGAACAGUGUCUGGAGCAUCUCUGGGGCGGUGGAGCUGAACAGAAGGCUGGGCAGAGCCAGGCUAACAUUGCCAGCCCUUCAGGGUCCUGUUCCUUCCGAGGCUGCAAGUCGGGACGGCAGCCUCCGCAGCUCAGAAAGGAAGCACGUCCCAGGUGCCUGAGGGCACGCUCACACUGUUUCCCGGGGAGGCACGUAGGGGGUGCUGACAAGAGGAGGUUCACAUGGGACAGAGCACUGGGUCAGGAGCACGGAGGGCAAAGCCGGAUGGGAUGCUGGAGAUCACAUGCGUCCACCCUCCCAAGUCCCUGGGGUACUCAACACCCCAGCUCACAGAGCUGCCUGGUGUGCGGGGUCCUGACACGUGGACCCCUCCUCCUCUGUCCAGGGUUCGUUCUGAGCUCUGCCCAGUGCAUUUUCAGGUGAGAGUUAGUAAGGUGAGCCGCUGGUCCUGUUUCCCCCUCUUCCUGGUGUAAACACUGAGUUCAUUUGCUGGGAGGGAUUUCAGUCUGCAGUAAGUUGGGGAGGUCGGACACCCUAAGACAGUAAGCCUUUACUAAGCCACGUGUGGCUGCCACAUUUCGUUUCACUUCAGCUCCCACCCUGAGGACACUGAGGUCAGAUUAGGGCAGCUUAGGGUGUUUCCUGCAUAGUGGGGAAGAUGAUACCUUUGGGACUGGGGAGGUCCAGAAGGCUCUCUGAGGGGAAGGAACCUGGAGCCCUGUUUUAGCCCUGCACCUGGGAGGACCUGGCUCUGCAGGAAGAAGCUUGUCCCCUCAGAUCAGGAGCGAAGCCAGCACUUCCCAGGCUUCUUCAGUAGUGGGGAUGGGACCAAGAGCUUUAAUGUGAGUCUCCCAGUCAACCCUCAGACCAUCUGUGAUGCUCGUCAUCUCACAGAGGAGGGAACUAAAGUGGGGAGGGUUAGUAGAAGCCUGGGUCGAAGAACUCAUAGCUUGGAGAAGUGAGAGUCUGAACUCAAAUCUACCUGGCUCUCAUGUGUAUGCACCAAGCUGUUUUUAAGAAGUAAAUGCCAACCAGAAUGUUUAAAAGAUUGCAUCAUUUCUCAGAGGCAUAGACUGAUUCAACAGGUCAAAACCUAAGCAGGUUUCUGAUCCAAGAUGCCACUCCCCGGUUACCCGAUUACCAUCUGCUGAUGACUCAGGCAAGGCUGGGUUGCCUCGUGGAUGAACACAGGGUUCCCACGUCCCAGAUCUUAAAGCAGUGUGCGGACAUUGACAUCACAGGAAAUGCUCUCAUGACUUAGUUUAUGCUGGGGAUUUCACAGAAGAUCACAUGUGCUUUAAAAAGAGGACAAUGAGGAAAAUCAGAGGGAUGGGAACAAGGUAGACCAGAAGAGCUCAGACCAGCACUGGACAGGGCCUUGCAGGGGCUGACCUGCUGGGUGGGGUGCGGGUCACUUGCUGCCCCGUGGACCCCACUACAGGGCUGUGAGUCCACAGCACUUGUGUACCAGGGAAUUCUGAGGCUGGAUCAGAAGUUCAAGACCUUCUAGAUCACCACAGACAAGUCUGGAAGAACUGUGAUUAUUUUGGUAGCUAACCAUUGACUUUUAGGUCAAUGGAAAAUGACCACAGUUUUAAAAAUCAGAGAGAGUCCUUUAAAUUUACUUUGAAAUACUAGAAAGUUUGGCCCAUCUUUGGGUGAUUUUUUCAGCAGUAGUAAAAGAAAAGGCUAAGAUAUGCACACUCAAAACAUCAACUUGCAGCCUCUUGGGUGCGUUUCUAGGCCCCACAAAUAUUAGUCUUUUCGAGGUGAGACGUACGGGUGAGGACCCCCCCCCACGCAGGGGCCGGUGAAGGCAGCAUGACUCACGUUUGCUGCUGGCUCAGGGCUGGGCUGAGGGAAAAGCUGCGACUUGAAGAUCGCAGGAAGCUGUUGCCUGCUCUGCUGACGUCGCUCAGGGUUGCUCACCUAAGGCCACCGUGGCCACAGGGCGCGCUCCUGUAGUCAACACCAUAACCGUGCGGCGGCCUGUGAUGUCAGGGCCCCUGCCAGAGAGCUACAGCGCUUUCUCCGAGGAGGAAUGUGUUCUAACAGAAAUGCAUCUGCACGCGCAGCAGCGUCGGUGCUCACUGGAGUAACGGCCCGAGGAGGCCAAGUGCCUUAGCAGCACGGAGCUGCCACGUGGCCUUCGGAGCUGACGGACGUGGAGGAGAUAGCCUGCGAGCAUCAGAUGGGGAAGAGCGUAUUUAAAGGCACUGAGUGUGGAGGAAGCACCCAGGCUCGGUCGCUGUUGGUUUCCUCAUCAUCCGUCCCCUAAGAGUUCGAUACGUUUGUCAUUCACUGAUUUGUCUAAAGUGCGUGUAAACCAGUUUACGUGGUCAAGCUGCUGUUGCUUGUGUGACAAUUCAUACUUUUUCUUUUCUGGAGGCCUCCAGCUCUCACAGCUCUGCACUUCAUGGCUCUGGGUGUGCUGGCCAGCUCUGUCGUGCCCUACACAGAGACUGCGUUCAGCACAGGACUCAGUGGUGUCUAGAAAGUCCCCUCACCACCGUGGGUCAGUGAGUCAAGUGAGGGUAGGCUAGAGCUUGAAGACAGAAAUCAGAAAGAAACACCUGAUUUCUUGUUGCUGGUGUUUCCAGCUGGAGAAGGCACCCCAGCGGCACCCAGGAAUUCUGGAGAAGCGUCGCAGAACUUGCCGACUGUGUGCUUAGGAAUCGCGAAGUCCCACGUGGGUGCUGAUGGCAAAUGGCAAAGUAACAAAAUCUCGUUCUCGUUUAGAAGUUUAAGGUUGACCAGGCUCUCUUAUACUAGUUUCUCAUUGGGUCUUUACAAACAUCUUUGAGGCAGUCAGGGGAAGUGUCACCACUGCUUCUGUUCCAUAGAAGAGAUCAAGAGUCAAAGUACCUGCCCAGCCUCACACGGCCAGUUGGUGACACACCUGAGCGGGGUGGUUGGAGGGGCCAGAAAGACGUCAUCAGCUUCACUUCCUUGUCAGGCUCUCCCCGAGGCUCAUUCAAGAGCUUAAUGGGGGCAGCUCUGGUUUGUGUUUCGUGUUUGUGUUUGAGUUUUCCUAAAGCUUUCUGUCUAAAAUUCCUGUAUCUUUCUCAUGAGAUUGCCCCCUAAGGCUUUGUCCAGUCCAAUGAGAGACCCAAAUAAAUUUUUAAACUCA